UGUGGGAUAAACAGCUUUCCAACAAAAGGCAAUUGUAUUUGACUUUGUGACGGUGCCAAGUUCGUACGGUACUUGGUACUGGAUAAACACAUGAAUGACAUGUAGUCUAAGUUAUCGAGCAGUAAAUUGACGAUGACAUUCAACGAAACGUUAAAACGCAAAGAAGUCAUUUUAUGACGCACGAACUCGGAUUUUUGAAAUGUCAAAAGUUGAAAUUAGGACCUCAUAGAUCAAAAUCAAAGUGAUAAUGUUGACAUUAACAGAUAAAAAACUAAAGGAGAGGGAGGACAGGAAGUUUCAUGAUAUGAUGAGAUUAAAAAUGCACAAAUAUGAAACAAAAAACAAAAAGGACUCUGGUUACAAUGGAGUUGCCAAAGACAUGACGAAGGUUCUUCACAGAAACGCAUUUGUACAGCGUGACUUGGAAAGGAAAGAAUUGCAAAUUCAUAAACAAGAAAAAGAUCGAAUUAGAGAAAUUCGUAAAGUUCAAAGUGACUUCCAGAAAACUAUGAGAAAACUACGUAAGGCAACACCAAGUGUAGGCUCGAACUUUUUUCAACGACAUACAGACAGUGAAAAGCAAAGUAGAGACUUGUCAUUAAAAAUGAUGGAGACGCUCAAAUCUACCCGAGAACUUGAUUCACCAAGUUCAAAUAAACAUAAUUCAGAAAUAUCGCAUUCAGAUCGUAAUCCGGAACAUUUGGGUAAAUAUCGUAAGCCAAUGUCUUUACCGAGUCAUGACGUGCCGGUGGAGGACGACUCGGGAACCGAUAGCCCUGUAAACAUCAGUGGAACCGACCAUAGCCCAGUUCUUCGACGACAAUACAGCCCAACAUGCCUAACUUCACCCCCUCUUGUGUUACCUCCAUUGCCAUAUAGCCCAGGCAUGACCACAGGCGCUACGAGAGAUAUCCAUGAACUGGACGAUCCUGAUGAACAAAGUGACCUCAAAUUUCGCAGACGAUUGCUUGGAAGGAGGAGGAGUCAAUCGGCGUGCAAUCUGAGCAGUAUACCACGCACAGAGCGUCAAGGACUGCCUAGCGUUUUCGUAUUACCCCCCAUUUCACCAGAUUUCGGACAUUCUCAAAAUGAUGAUAGAAAUGAUUCGACCAGCGACAGAGUAACAAAUCAAUUUCAUUCCUUGAAUUUGAAGGAAAAGAGGAGACUCAGUAUAUCUGCGUCCCAUAUUGACCAAAUUGGAUUUGAAAGCUCCGCGAAGCUUGAUCAGGCAGACGAUGGAUCGUCUGAAUCUGAAUCGAUUGUAUCUUCCGACGAUUCUGACGUAGACGAUACGAUGUCAGCCGAAGAAUCGGAAAACAUGUUAAUGUUGUACCAACGAGGGGGGUCAUUCAGCAGACGGCGAAGUUCGUCUGCUCCUGAACUUAGAGAAGGGAGACCAGAAAGGGUGCCUUCCGCACGAAGAAAUGCAGUAAUUUCAUCAAAAAGUUUAAGGGUGGUUUCAAGAACCGGCCGACGUCAUCGCCGUGGACCCUACACAACAUGUGAUUCAUAACCGAUUCAUAAUACUGAAUCAGCUUAUCGAUUCAAUCAUUUAUUUUAUUUUUUUUUUUUUUUUUUUUUUUAUAUAUAGAUAUUUAUUUCUCCUUUCUAGAUAACAUAUUAACAUAACAUAUUCUACAUUGGAAUUAUCAAAUGUAUAGAGAUUUUCUUGAUAG